AUGCAUAAAUAUAUUUCCUCUUUAAAUGUUCUUCUUAGUUGUCUGGCCUAUUAUCAUUCCGAUCUCCUCAUCUAUCAGCCGAGCGAGGAUCUUCGAGAUGGGGGUAAAUUCUUUCCAGGACCAACUAGCCAAGAUACCUCUAACCUUCGCUUGACCACAGCUUUAUCCUUUCCACCGCCCUCUCCGCCGACACAGCGUAUGAUGUCAUCUUCAUAUAUGUCACCUUUAAUGUCUGCAGCAUCUACGAUGACACCACAAAGCUCCUCCGUUGCCACAACAAUCAGUAUCUCCAUUCCAAGUCGGCCUUUGCCCGAGGGUCUAGUAUUACCGACCGCUAGAGCGCCCUUGGAACCAAUCACUACUUUUGGACAAAAUCAACAAUCCCUUGAAUCAGAUAAAACUAGUAUAAAAGGCUCAUCUGAAGGCAUUUUUGGUACUGAAGCCUCUUGUGCUGCAUCUGUUUGUGCAACCGUUUCGCUAUCUUCCUCCAGCUAUAUGGCUAGUUCUGUCAGCAAUGGUACUACUCCAUGCUAUGCCUUUUCUACAUCGCCCAAGACAGAUGCAUCUAUUUAUGCAGCUGACUCACUUGAAAGAAUGAAGCUUGCAACUCUACGCGAGCCUGACGAAGAAGGUAAUUUAUUUAGAUGUGCUUAUCAAGUUUUUAUUAAUAUUAUGCAUGUUCCUGCGUUUUCUUUUCCCUACAUAAUUUAA